AUGUGGUUCCCUAAAUUAUUGUCAGCGCUAUGGCUGGCAUCUUGUGUUAUGGCAGCUGGAGAUACGCAGACCACGAAAUUGAGCGAGGAUGGGAUUAGAAGUAUACCGCCAUAUUUGGAUUCAGAUAUGCAAAGUAGAUGGUUUGAUUUUGGUGGAAAUACUAUUGUGAGAGCAGACAAAUAUAUACGGUUGACAUAUGAUCAUCCAUCUUCAUCGGGAUGGCUCUUCUCACGAGUUCCAUUGACGGCCACAAACUGGGAGAUUGAAGUCGAAUUCAAGGUACAUGGCCAGGGCAAUCUCCAUGGUGAUGGCUGGGCCAUGUGGCUCACCAAACAACGCGCCACCGAAGGCGACGUCUUCGGCUCCGUCGAUAAAUUCGAAGGUCUUGGUAUCUUUUUCGACACAUAUAAGAACAACCGUCCUGGUACCGUAUUCCCCUAUGUAAUGGCAAUGGUCGGCGACGGAAGCACUUCAUACGACAAGAACAACGACGGCAAAGAUCAAGAGUUCAUGGGCUGUUCUGCACGAGGUCUACGCAAUGCGAACGUACCAACCAAAGCCAGACUCACCUAUUUCCAAGACAAAUCCCUCAAACUCGAACUUCAAUAUAAGAAAGAAGACCAAUGGGAACUCUGUUUUGAAACUUUCGAACCACCGACCAUUCCCUCGGUAGCAUAUCUUGGAUUUUCAGCAGAAACAGGAGAAUUGAGCGAUAACCAUGAUAUCAUCAGCGUCAACACAAACAAUCUGUAUGACACCAACACACACAAGAACAAAUACAAAGAUUCGCAGCCUACAUCCAGAAUGGAAAAAGUAGAUCUCAAAAGGGCCAGGGGGUUUAUAACCGGAAAGCCAAUAGGCAAACGGGAAGGUUGGAGUUGGGUUCUUCGUUAA